AUGCAGGCUCAGACCAACUCGCACUCAGAUCCAUUCGUGUUUAGAUAUAUUACAACGUUCGAGGCGAGCCAGUCCGCGGCAGGGCAGGUAGGCAUCGCGAUCACCGAGAUGGACGGCCCAGUGGCGUGGCACCAUGCAUCUUCUGGCUGCACGGUGGAACAAGGUACUGCAAUGCCCAAGUCGGGCGCAGUUGGGACAAUUGGGCGGGUUCAUUUCAGCACUACCUCCAGGGACAACCAGGAUGGCAUGGGAGGGUACGCUCUGACCUGCAAACAGGCGGCCAGGGUCUCCGACGCUCGUUCGCGGCGGGACAGAAUCGCUGUCUUCUCCGCCCAAAUGGCGGUCGAGACCACAAGGUAUAUGUUAUUCGUGUAA